ACUCCAUCCGCCUUUUGCUCGACAACAUCUGAUCGACUAGCCAAGUUCUGCGUUGCUCACGACGAAGCAGUGAACCCCAAACGCGAGGGGGCGGGAGCCGCGUCCGACCAGAAGGGGGGGGGGCGAGGUUGCAGCUGCAGUCAUGACGACACCCGAAGCAGCGAUCGGGACGCAAGCUCGACCUACGACUGUGCUUCUUCUCCGAACGCCCGUACCUCCGUCCGUAGGCACGGAUCCCUAUCACGACAUUUUCGGACCCUUUUGCCUGCCCUCUUUUCCCUUUAGCGCCUUGGAAUCCGGCUCUUCCACACCUCUUCCCGCUGCGCCCCUCAAUCCGCACUCGAUCGGAAAGGGAGAAGGUGUGGAGCUGCUGAAGAACGCUUUGCAGGGUAGCGAGACGGGAAGGAGAAGAGGCAGGUGGAUCAGCGAUGAUGAUAGCCUCACCACUACGCAUUUGGAAAAGGUGAAGGUGAGGGCGGCGAGCAGGAAUGGCACUGCUGCAGGUGCGGCGGAUGGGCUGGAUGAGGAGACGUUGGAGAGGGAGUGGUGCGUCUGCAGUAUUCCCGUCUUGGGUCACAGCCUCAUCGAUACGGACGGCUUGGCCAGGAGGGCGCGCAGCGGCCCUCCUCCUCCUCCUCCUCCUUCUCAACCCUCAUCAUCAUCGUCGGCGCAGGACGUGCAGAUGGAUGGAGAUGCUCAGCCAUCAUCGCAGUCAGGAGCGCACGAAAAGUACAGGGGAGUCAUCGUCACUUCUCAGAGAGCAGUGGAUGCUUGGGCUGAAGCUGCAAAGCAGGUAGCGCAGGAAAUGCAACAAGGAAAGCAGGCUCCAUCCACAACUUGGAAUCGAGUCCCCUUCUUCGCUGUAGGGCCUGCGACAGCGUCAGCGCUGAGGCAGCUUGCACCUUCCUUACCACUACCAUUGCGACCUUCUUUGGUCAUGGGUGGGGGCGCGACAGGUACAGGCGAAGCAUUAGCCAACUACGUGAUACGGCACUUUGGCGGCGAUCCCUUUGCACCUCCCGCUCCCAAUCGAUCCGAUCUGGAAGUCACAUCUCAGCCUCCCAUUCUGGUGCUUGUAGGCGACAAGAACGCGCCCACCAUCCCGGACAAGUUGAGGGGUGCGGCUCUGAAUUACGAGGUGCAGCAAGUGUACGAGACGUGCUUGGAUGAUGACUUUGAGGAGAGGUGUACGGAUCUAGCGAGGACUUUGCCUGCGACCAGCUCCAGACCUGGAUCGAGGAGGCCCAGCAGGUCGAACAGCGGAUCGUUUGGUGGAGGAGGAAGGAGGCCUAGCUGGGCAGCGUCUAUACGCGAAGCUGCAGAUCAGAACGCGGCUCAUCUUCGGGAAGGCAUCGCCUCUGCUCUGGGAUCCAUCGCGAGCGUUGGAAGCAAUCCUCUAUCUGCCAUGACUCCCGUAUCCCAUGCUCACGCUCAGGCCGGAGGCACGGGCAGCCCGCUGCAAGCGGCCAAUGCCCUCGCAGACGAGGAGGGCGAUGCGUUGCCCGAUGCCCCGCUCCCUCUGGAUACAGAUCUAGGAUUGGGCACGGGCCGAGGCACCAAGCCGGAUUGGAUCGUCCUGUUUUCUCCUUCUGGUCUUACCUAUGCCUUGUCAGCUUUGCGGCGCAAGAAGUGGAUUCCGCCCGCCCCUGAUGCAACGACGAAUGAGAAUGGCGGCGGAGGGACGAGCUCGGGGGCGCCAGAGGGCUACCCACGCUUAGCAUGCUUGGGACCCACAACCAAAAGAGCAGUCAAGGAGACUUUGGGCUUCCAAGCUGAUGCGGUGGCCAGCGCGCCCGAACCCAUCGAGCUCAAAGAGGCCAUCAAGAAUGCCGAGAUUAGAAUUAGGAGGGAGAGGGAACAGUUCAAGGAGGCUAGGAUGGCUCAAGAGGCGCAAAGGAGAGAAAGAAGGGAUAACCCCGAUCCGGACGGUCUCAUCGAAAUGGAUACCAGCUGAUGCGCUCGCUGAGCCCGACUCGGACACCAUUUCACACGCUUGCUGGUCCAGCCGGCAAGGAAAGGAUGUGACGGGAGGCGCGUC